CAGCGUCCUCUCAGGAACCGGCUUAAAAAGUUCGACUCGGCAAGCAAUUACGUCACUUCCGGGGGCAUUUAGAGUUGUGUCAUAAACUAUCAGCGUUGAACCGCGGAGAACCGAACCCGGAGGCUGAGAGAUGAGCUGGGAUCAGCUGCAGCUGAAGCCGCGGAUCAUCUCCGCUGUGCGGAAAGCUCAACUAAAGUCUGUUAGGGAGGUUCUGUGUUCGUCUGGGCCGGACCUCCAGAAUAUGACCGGAUUGUCCCCAUCAGAUCUCCAGGAGCUGCUCCAUGCUGCUGCCACAGCCUGCAGACCUCACCAGCCAGUCACAGCCCUUCAGCUCCAGCGAGGUGAGUGUCCCAGGUUAGAGUCUGGACUCCGGCUCAGUACGGGCUGUCCGGUUCUGAACCAGCUGCUGAGGGGCGGUCUGCCAGUAGGGGGUGUCACUGAGCUGUCAGGAGAGAGCGGAGCCGGGAAGACGCAGCUUGGUCUGCAGCUGUGCCUGUCGGUGCAGUAUCCAGUUGAACAUGGAGGCCUGGGAGCUGGAGCGUUGUAUAUCUGCACAGAGGAUCAGUUUCCAAUCAAGCGCCUUCAGCAGCUGAUCUCAGAGCAGUCUGUUCUGCGCUCUGACGUCCCUCCAUCUCUGAUCAGCAGCCUUCGCUUCAGUGACAACGUCUAUAUUGAACACACGGCUGACCUGGACUCCUUGCAGGUGUGUCUUUCACGCCGUGCCCCCCUCCUACUGGCUCAGGGUCGGGUCCGGCUCAUUGUGGUUGAUUCAGUGGCAGCUCUUUUCAGGUGCGAGUUCCAGGCAGAUGAUUGGCUAGAGAGAAACAAACAGCUGCUCUGCUUUUCCUCCAUGUUGCACAAACUCAGCCAGGACUUCACUACACCUGUACUCUGUAUCAACCAGGUCACAGAUCUUUUCAACCAAUCAGGGAGCGGUCUGAGCGCUCCGUCCUCCUCGGUGUCUCCUGCUCUGGGUUUGGCCUGGGCCAAUCAGGUCCUGGUCCGACUGAUGAUGCGGCGUCUCCAAGGGACAGUUGUCCGUGGUGACCAGAGCAGUGUCCUGCGUAGGUUGGAUGUGGUGUUUGCUCCUCACCUGGCGCGAGACAGUCGGGACAUCGGUGUGUGGAAGGAAGGGCUUCAUGGAGUUCUGGACCCGGACUGACUGGAGGAGGUUCUGAGUUUAUCCAGACCAACACAGAUUACGGAAUUAAACUCAGGCUUAAGCUGGGCUCCCUGUAAUUGAGGUUCUGUUCUGGUUUGGUUGUAGAAAGCAGACACUGAUGGCGGCCAUUUUAACUGUGUGUGGUUCUUCACAGCUUUUAUCUCAGAGGUGUUAUUCUGGAUCGGACCCACUUCGGUUUGAUUCCGUCCGAUUCCGUAGUUGUGCGCCACUCCAUCGGUCUGGAGUCUGUUUGGACCUGGACAGAAAUCAUCAUCUGGAAGCCAUCAUUGGUGUUCGGUCCAAACGGAUGCUAAGCGCUGCUGCCUCAGACAGCCUGGUACCGACACAGAACCCCGGCAGGAAAACCCGCUGGGAGGACGAUCCCUGAGACAAACAGCGUCUGGGUCCAGACUAAUGAUCACCAGAACCCGGAAAAACUCUGGCUUUGAUUCAGGGUCAGGUCCUAUAAAUCGUUCCACUGUUGCCAGGCAACCGUUUAAAGAAGAAAUCGUUGCUCCUGUGCCAUCAGAGGAUCAGAACCACCGUCGAUUAGUGAUCCAAUAGGAUUCCUCCUCACUGGUUCUGGUCCCAGAGUCGGC